ACAAAAUGUCCAGAAUGUCGAAAGAAGACGAUUUAGAGUUCAACCCAUUUUAUGAAGCGUUACAGGAUAAAUAUGGAGGUUUCUUCAAAAGAGCUCAAGAUAAACAGUUCCUUAUCUGCAUCCCAAGGUCAUCAUUGCUGAAGAACUCUAUCAUGAAUGCUGCAUUUAUAGAGAGUCAUAUUUUCCGCCCAUCGCCAUUCUUCCAAGGCCAGUACCUAACUACAGAUAAGGCUAGCAAAGGCACUAUAGAGUACGAGAAUGGAGUCAUCAAAACUAUUGAAGGGUUCCCAAAGGAUGUAACUGCAAAGGUGCUAUAUGAAGAAACAGGAUACAACAAGGACUACAAGCCAUUCUCAAUUCUAUUAAUAGACCAGCUUCUAGUGGCACCGCCAAAGGUCUCUAAAUCUGCUGCAGACAAUGCUGAGGAUGUCUUACAUUUGAAAACAUCAUUCAUUGAGUGCAAAACAUUCUUGAUGUCAUUCAAGGAGCAUGUCAACAUUCUUGCAAACAUAAAUGAUGAAAUUCACCAGUUCAAUACCAAUUACAUGAUUCUCCCUGGUUACCUUGACGACGUUGAAACAAGAUUGGCUAGCAUGUGUAGUAGAGCAACCAAAGCAAUAUGUAAAGCCAACAAACAUCCAAAGAAGCAUGACAAGAGAUUUCAAGAUAAUAUUUCAAAUUCAGUUGAAAGUUACAUCGUUGGAAGUGUUCACCAUAAGGUGUUUCCUGUCAUACGUGAUGAAUUAAAAGCCAAAGAUGCAGCAUUAGCCAAUAGGAUCUCCUCACUAGAUGGAGUUACUGGUGACCAGCUUGGAAUACGUGAUGAAUUUAUUUGCCCAUUGCCUGAAUCUGUUGUAGAACUGGCCAACCUAGAUAACUUGACCACGCCCUUGGAGAAACUCAUGGCUCUAAAGACAACUAUUGAUAGGUUGACAGAGGGGGUAAAUACAGCUGUGGAAGAACGACAAAAUCCAACUGAUAAAGAACAGCUAUGUCUGACAUCAGAUGACCUGCUUCCUAUUCUAGUCUCUUUGAUAAUACAGUCAAAAUGUCCGUAUCUUGAAAGUAACUUAUACUAUAUACAGCACUUUCACUGGUCUGACUCCAGUAAAGAUGAAUUUGGUUACAUACUGGUGACAUUUCAAGCUGCCCUUGAGUUCCUCAACUCAACAGAUUUUCACAACCUCAGACCUGCUAAACAGAAACUUAACAAAGAGGUUGGUAUAGAAAAAAUACUCGAAAUAGCCUCAAAGGACAAUGAAGAACAAGCCAAUCAAAAUGCAGCAAAUAUUCAUCCCAUACAACUGUCGAGGAGUGAAAAGCAGUUAGAGAGAAUUACAAGAAUGUUGGAGGAAACCACAGCUGAAGAUUUGAAAUACAAGGACGAGUAUAAACCUUUAGGCUUGGGCAAACCUACGAGAUACUCUGGGGUGCCUGAUGUAAUACCAUUACAAGAUCCUAGUAGAAAGAGAGAGCAGUUAGGAGAUUUCUUGUCUGCGCUACAGAAUGACGGGUUUGAUACAUGCAGUUCUGAUGCUAACAGCUCACCCUUUGGUUGACCCGGCCAACUACCUUAUAUGGAGAGCAGAAUGAUCAAAUCUUCACGAGAGUUCGAAACUCACAUCUGCCUGAUUGCCUAUGCCAAUCACUUUUCACUCUUGGCAAUGAACAUAGAAAAACAAGUUAUGCACAACGAACUGAAUGCUCAGAUUG